AUGCGCGUCCUGACGCUGCUCUGGACGCUGCUGGUCCUCGUCCAGGAGGCGAACACAUGCUAUAAAAACGGCGUCUUCCACAACUCCAUAUGGCUCGAGCAAGCAGCGGGAGUUUACCACCGGGAAUCACGCAAAGGACGAUACCAGCUGACGUAUAAGGAGGCCAAAGCUGUCUGCAAGUACGAGGGCGGAGCUCUGGCCACGUACGAGCAGCUGGAGGCCGCCCGGCAGAUCGGUUUUCAUGUGUGUGCUGCCGGCUGGUUCGACAGAGGCCGCGUCGGAUAUCCCAUCGUUAAAGCCGGGCUCAACUGCGGCUUCGGGAAAGUCGGCAUUGUCGACUACGGAUACAGGCUGAACAAGAGCGAGAAGUGGGACGUGUACUGCUACAACCCCCACUCCAAAGAGUGCGGCGGCGUGCUGACCGACCAGCAGAAGACCAUCCGGUCGCCCGGUUUCCCCGAGGAGUACCAGGACGAGCAGAUCUGCUACUGGCAUCCGCGUCCGCCUGGGCCAGAGAUCCACCUGCACUUCCUGGAGUUCGACGUGGAGGACGACGCCGGCUGCCUGGCCGACUACCUGGUGUACGACAGCUACGACGACGUGUCGGGCUUCGCUGGCAGGUUCUGUGGGGAUUAUCUGCCAGAGGACAUCAUCAGCACAGGAAACGUGAUGACGCUGAAGUUCCUCUCUGAUGCCUCGGUGACCGCCGGCGGCUUCCAGCUGCGUUACAAGCCGUCAAUGCAUCGCUGCACUCACCGAUCGCACGCACCUCCUCCACUAGCUGGACUCUGAUGUGAACCUGGUCUUUAUAGUGCCGACUGUUACCUCCCGUUCUGGAGCCAGUGAAAGAAGAGCUGAUAUAAACUGAAGUAUUUCUCUUCCUGUCCAUUGACUCUGUACAUCCAGAUGUGGAUUUGAAUUAUUACAGCAGAUUAGAAGUCAGCUGUCAGCGAUGUUUGUUUAUAACUUCAACUAUAACUUUUUUUUCAUUUUUUAAAAUAUUUAUUUCCCUUUAAAGGGGCUGUAUCAUGCUUUUUAGCUAGUCCAAACCCUAGAAAUGGCAUUAAAGUUACACU